AUGCUUACCGUCAAGGCUCUGAACGCCGACACUUCGUUUCUAGUCACCUUCUCCCCCUCGCUCGCUCCGCGAGGCCUCUCCGCUUCCCAGCUUCCCGGUUCCUUCACCAUCCUCGUAGAUCCCUGGCUACAGGGCCCGGCCCAGAUCAUCAGUCCCAAGUUCUCCAUUUCCCAGCACAAGACCAAGUCAUGUGUCUCCUCUCUCGCCGAACUGCCCGAGCCCGACAUGGUCCUCAUUUCCCAGGACAAGCCGGACCACUGUCAUGAAGAAACGCUCAAGCAGCUUCCCCCCAACUCUGGGGCCAUCAUCCUUGCUGCUCCCGCCGCAGCCAAGAAGAUUCGCAGAUGGCAUCACUUCCCCAACGGAAGCGUACAUGCCCUGGAGCCCUUCUCCGUCACCGAUGACAGCCGUAUAUUCCGCCUGGAAAUCCCUUCCUUCUCAUCUUCCGGCCUUCCCGGCGAAGUGACCGUCUCUCUAAUGUGUCCGAAGCGCGACAUCAGUGGCUUGCACAACGCCAUCGGAAUCACCUACCGCGCACCUACCAGCGCUCUGAGCCCCGUACGGACCGCCUAUAUCGAGUUGCCGCCCACCCCGCCGCUCUCUCCAACGCCUUCUCCGGCAUUGGGUCGGACAAGCAGUAUGGCUAGCCUAAAGAUAUCCAACCCACUUCCAAUGCCCGCAUCAUACAGCCCGCGCCCUUUGACCCCGAGCUCGGUCACGCCACUGGACCGCGAACGUACUCUGUCGCUCCUCUAUUCUCCUCACGGUGUCCCCUACUCUGUAAUCGAGCCCUAUGCUUCCACGCAUUUGAUUCAGCAAUCGGCGCUGCCGCUGACGGCGUUGCUGCAUUCAUUCGACCGUGUCGAUAACCCAUGGUAUUUGGGCGGGAACAUAGCAACUGGUGCACUGGGCGGUAGUGAUAUUGCGCGCCAAUUGAUGGCCAAGUGCUGGGUGGGCGCGCAUGAUGAAGAGAAGGACAACCGUGGCCUUAGCGUAAUGAAGCUGAAGGUCAGGCGGAUGGAGGUAGAAGAGUUGCAGCACUCUUUAGAAGAAAGCGGUAUAUCCACGAAGGUGGCACGUCUACGGCCUGGGUCAGACGUGAAAAUGCGUGCGGAUGAAGUUUUAUCUAUUGAUACUGUAUCGUAG